UGGUCACACUUUCGUUUCGAAAUGUCAAGCAUUUUGUGAGCAUUUUUCAUUUUCCUUUUCAAUUGGCACUUCCUUGCCGUUCUCCAUUAAAAAUGGAGAAUUUAAAGGUCCAAGAGGAAAUCAAAGAGUUGAAGGCCUUAGGCCAGCACUACGAAAAACAGUUGAAGCUGGCGGGCAUCGAUCUCAGCGACUUUUCCGAGGAUGACAUGGCGCUACUUGAUAAUUGCGUUGACUUGGCUGCAGAUUCACAUAUCCAUGCCUUGCGCUUGAACUAUUUGCGCAAUUUUUACUGUGCCAAGAAGAUGGAUAGCAUCGAGAACAAGCUAACCAAGGCAAAGCGACAGAUAGAACUGAGGAAAGUGAUGUCGGACAUUGACAAAGCAGCUCGGGAUGUAGCCGUUCUGGAACGUUAUAAGUCUGCCGCCGAGGCUCGUUUGAUUCCGGAAAGCGAGGUUUUGCAGAAAACUAACGCCCUGCUUGCUACCAAACAGGGCUUAUUGGACAGGCAGAAGGGCUUUGAUACACCGAAGGAGUUAAGCAUUGAAGGCAUCAUCAAUAAAGUGGACUCGCUGGAUAGGCGCUAGUGAAGUCCUCUGGUCAACUUGUUACACUGCAUUUACUCAAACAAACACUUAACAGAAAUGGCUGCAAAUUUCAUAGCUAUCUGGAAUUUGCAACAAAGGAUCUUGAUCAUUAUUGAAAACACAACAAAUCAAUGAAGGGCAUAACAAAACAAAAAAUAAAUAUAACCCAAGUAAUUAGCGAUGGAA